AAGUAGUAUCUCUCCAAAAUCAUCAAUCAAGAGUGAAAGCUGCACCCCAAAUAUGAGGCUGUGGACCUACUUCCCCUAUGAGAAAACAUUUUACCUCCAGCAGGGAUAUGAUUAUUUCAAUGGCUUUGGUACGGUGUUUAUCUCAAACUGAUACAGCACACCUCUUCAUGUGUUUAUUUUACGCUGAUACAGCACACCUAUUCAUGUGUUUAUUUCACAAUGACGCAGCACACCUCUUUAUGUGUUUAUUUCACACUGUAACAGCACACCUCUUUGUGUAUUUAUUUCACACUAAUACAGCACACCUCUUCAUGUAUUUAUUUCACACUGGCACAGCACACCUCUUCAUGUGUUUAUUUCACACACUGAUACAGCACACCUCUUCAUGUGUUUAUUUCACACUCUGAUACAGCACACCUCUUCAUGUGUUUACUUCACACUCUGAUACAGCACACCUCUUCAUGGGUUUGUUUCACAUUGAUACAGAACACCUCUUCAUGUGUUUAUUUCAUACUGAUACAGCGCACCUCUUGAUGUGUUUAUUUCAAACUGAUACAGCACACCUCUUCAUGUGUUUACUUCACACUCUGAUACAGCACACCUCUUCAUGGGUUUGUUUCACAUUGAUACAGCACACCUCUUCAUGUGUUUAUUUCAUACUGAUACAGCGCACCUCUUGAUGUGUUUAUUUCACACUGAUACAGCAAACCAGUGGCCUUGUGAAGCAGAAGAAUCUCACUGACUCACUGGAGAGAGAUGAGCAGCACAAUGAAUCUAUAGAAAAAGCCCAGCAGGCACUGAAAACUGCUCUGAAGAAGAAGUUUGAAUGCAUAUUUGAAGGUUUAGCAAAGCAGGGCCACCCAACCCUCCUCAAUGAGAUAUAUACAGAGCUCUACAUCAUCAAGGGGGGAAGUUGGGGGAUCAAUAAUGAGCACGAGGUCAGACAGAUUGAGACAGCAUCCAAGAGACAAACCACACAGGAGACUGCAAUCCUCUGCAAUGACAUCUUUAAGCCUUUACCUGGACAAAAGAAACCCAUCAGAACUGUGCUUACAAAGGGCAUCGCUGGCAUUGGGAAAACCGUCUCUGUGCAGAAGUUCAUUCUGGACUGGGCAGAAGGAAAAGCCAAUCAGGAUGUUGAUUUCAUCUUCACUCUUCCUUUCCGAGAUCUGAAUCUGAAAAGGGAGAGAGAAUUCAGUCUGAUGCAACUUCUGCAGCAUUAUUUUCCACAACUGAAAGAGAUCAAAAGUAUUGAAGGUGAUGAAGUCAAAGUUGUGUUCAUCUUUGAUGGUCUGGAUGAGUGUCGACUUCCUCUACAUUUCCAAAGCAAUAAAAUCUGCUGUGAUAUAACAGAGUCAUCAUCAGUGGAUGUGCUGCUGACCAACCUCAUUAAGGGGAAUCUUCUUCCCUCUGCUCUCCUCUGGAUCACCUCCCGACCAGCAGCAGCCAAUCAUCCCCCCUGAGUGUGUCCACCUGGUGACAGAGUUACGAGGGUUCAACGAUCCACAGAAGGAGUACUUCAGGAAGAGAAUCAGAGAUCAGAAAAAGGCCAGCAGAAUUAUCUCACACGUAAAGUCAUCCAGGAGUCUCUACAUCAUGUGCCACAUACCAGUCUUCUGUUGGAUUUCUGCUACUGUUCUGAAGACAAUGUUGGAUGAAACAAAAAGUGAAGAUUUACCCAAAACUCUGACUGAAAUGUACACACACUUCCUGCUCAUUCAGACUAAUGUGAAGAAUCAGAAGUAUCAUGGCACCAAUGAGACAACCUCAAAGAAAGUGUCAGAGUCAGAUACAGAAAUCCUCCUGAAACUGGGGCAGCUGGCUUUUCUACAGCUAGAAAAGGGCAAUCUGAUAUUCUGUGAAGAGGACCUGAGAGAGAGUGGCAUUGACGUCAGUGAAGCUUCAGUGUACUCUGGGGUGUGCACAGAGAUCUUUAAAGAGGAGUGUGGGUUGGGUCAGGAGAAAGUCUACUGCUUUGUGCAUCUGAGCAUUCAGGAGUAUCUGGCUGCCUUGUUUGUGUUUCAUUCAUGUGUAAAUGAGAACAGAAAUGUACUCCGAGCAGAAGAAUUAAAACCUCACAGUGACAGAGUGCAGCUGUCUGAGUUACACAGGAAUGCAGUGGAUCAGGCCUUGAAGAGUAAGAAUGGACACCUGGACCUUUUCCUCCGAUUCCUUCUCUGGACCCCAUUCAGAAUCUCUUAGGAGGAAUACUGACACAGACAGGAAGCAGAUCACUAGUACCAGACCCACAGACACAGACAGGAAGCAGAUCACCUGUACCAGACCCACAGACACAGACAGGAAGCAGAUCACCUGUACCAGACCCACAGACACAGACAGGAAGUAGAUCACCUGUCCCAGAACCACUGACGCAGACAGGAAGCAGAUCAAAGAGCACUGAGGAAACAAUCCAGUAUAUUAAGGAGAUAAUCAGAUGGAGAUCUUCUGCAGAGAGGACCAUCAAUCUGUUCUACUGUCUCAAUGAACUGAAUGACAACUCUCUAGUGGAGGAAAUCCAGAAUUCCCUGAGAUCAGGAAAACUUUCAGAUAAAGAGCUGGAACCACACAAUGUUCAGCUCUGGCCUUUGUGUUAUGGAUGUCAGAGGAGAUCCUGGAUGAGUUUGACUCAAGGACCUACAACACAUCAGCAGCAGGUCACGAGAGACUGGUACCAGUAGUCAGGCACUGCAGAAAGGCCAUACUGAACAGCUGUGACCUCUCAGAGAAGUCCUGUGAAAUUGUGGCCUCAGCUCUCCAGUCAUCAAACUCACCCCUGAGAGAUCUGGACCUCGGCUACACUAACCUGGGAGAUUCAGGAGUGGAGCUGCUCUUUGCUGGACUGAUGAAUCCAAACUGUGAACUACAGAGACUGGGACUGAACAGCUGUGAUGUCACAGAGAAGUCCUGUGAAAUUGUGGCCUCAGCUCUCCAGUCAUCAAACUCACCCCUGAAAGAUCUGGACCUCAGCUACAAUAACCUGGGAGAUUCAGGAGUGAAGCUACUCUGUGCUGGACUGAUGAGUCCAAACUGUAAACUACAGAGACUGGACCUCAGCUACAAUAACCUGGGAGAUUCAGGAGUGAAGCUGCUCUGUGCUGGACUGAUGAGUCCAAACUGUAAACUACAGAGACUGGAGUGAGUAGUGCUGUGUACUGUGUGACCAUAACUAAACUGAAUUAGUGAUUAUGGCUUUAUGCAGUGAAAUAUAAAAAGUGCUUUCUCUCUAUUUACUCAUAUGUCCACCAGUAUUCUUUUUUGUCCACAUUAUUUUCAUCCCUCUCUUCUAACAGCUCUUGCACAACAGAGAAAAGCAGGAUAAAAUCCUCAUGAGUAUUAGGGUUGGCAGGUUUGUGGUUCCUGACCAGAAUGUAAGGUUUCAGUCGAGUCUGUAAUAUCAGGUCACAGGUGAUGACUGGAUGCUGAAUGUAUGAUUGAUAUGGUAAAACAUUGACCACUUGUACAGUAAUAUGUUUCAGGUCUGUCAUAGCAUGACAUAACGUAACGUAACAUAAUGACAAGAAUAGGCCAUUAAGCCCAACAUGCUCACCCUUUUCCUUCCACUGAAGUGUACCUAGUGCUCAGUUUACCUACAAAAUAGCACUGUAUCAAGCCUGGUUUUAAAAACCUUUUCUGUCUCUACUGCAUGACCUGACAAGCUAUUCCACGCAGUGACUACUCUCUAAUUUCAAUUUAUGUCCCCUCAUUCUACUAACAGAACUCAACCUGAAUCGCUUUUAUGAAUUUAAAAGCCUCAAUCAAAUCACUCAAGUCUCCUUUUACUAAACUAAGAGAUUAAGCAUCUUAAGUCUUUCCUCAUUCCUUUUAUCUUUCAUACCAGGACCCAAUUUGGUCUCCUUUCUUUGGACCUUUUCCAGAGCCUCUGUAUCUUUCUUGUAGUACAGUCCCCAGAAUUGCACACAAUACUGUGUGAUCUAAGUGUGAUCUAACAAAUGUAUCAUAUAGGUUAAGUAUAACUUCCUUGGAUUUAUACUCAAUACUUUUGGCUAUAUAGCCCAGUAUCCUGUUGGCCUUUUUUACUACUCCAGCACAGUGCCUAGAACCUGAAAGGCUUUGAUCAACCAUUCCUCCCAAGUCUUUUUCAAACUGAGCACAUUCCAGUUUUGUUCCUCCCCUAAAAUAAUCCUGCUUAAUGUUUUUAUUUCCCACAUGCAGAACUUUACAUUUGGCUGUAUUGAAUUUCAUAUGCCAGGUUUCUGCCCACUUCUGGAUUUUCUUUAAAUCUUUUUGGAUUACUUCAGUAGAUUCCAAACUAUGGGCCUCCCAGUUUUGUGUCAUUUGCAAAUUUGACUAUUUAACUUUCUAUGCCCCGGUUACGGUCAUUGAUUUAAAUGAGGAAGAGCAGUUGUCCCAGCACCGAUCCUUGUGGGACUCCACUUCCCACCGUUCCCUGCUCAGAUAAUAUCACUCCU